AUGAACGAAAACGUCAACUACUCCGCUACCAGUGAUACCUGGCAUGGCGAGCUGCUGGACAGCCCCAUCUGCCAAAAGUGUCUCGAAAUUCAUGACCAUCAUGCAUGUACUCUCUCCAAACCCCUUUCAGUAGACUCGGCAGACGCUUUGUCCCUCCCCCCUCGAUCCAUCAAAUCUCGUAUCACGGGGGUCCUUUCUAUCCAUGAUUACCAUAAGUUCCUCUCCAAGUCUGCAGACCACAUCGGCGAUCCUGUCGAUCAUACAGGAAGGAAAUUGAAGCGAAAAACUGCUGCAUUGCAUUUGAAUCGCCCGUCCGCUCUUCCAAUCUCCUAUCCUGUAUCUAUAUCCUCUGUGGCAUCGAGUCCUCCGCCGCUCUCUCCUUCCUACUCCCAUAGCGUCGUCUCUCAGUGGAGCGAAGAGCCUGAAAUUGGGGAAGCACAGACUGUUCAUUACCAACCCGCCCAAAGCCCACGACUACCUGUUGUCUCGGAUCUUGGGACUCGUGCUAGACCUAAUAGAAAGCGAUUGAGCCGACUCACUGAUAGAAAGUCUCAGAAUACCUUCCGUGAAAAGCUUCAACAAAGGGCCCAAACUCAAGCAGAAGAAGCUGAGGGUGCCAAACCUCAACCCUCAGACUCAAUGCUGGUCAGUACGCAGGCUGUUGCCACCGUAUCACACGGUGGCGCUUGCUUUGAGAUCCUGAAUCCGCGCAAGUCGCUAGAUUUAGCACGCAUCGUCUCAUACAUUGAAGACGUCGACAAUUGCUCCGUGGUCUCCACAGACAAUCAGCGAGAGUCGACUUUCUCCAUCGAACAAGGACUGGACCGGGUGUCUCUGUCGCAAUUCACGGAUGCCUCCAUACCAUCAUUCUACUCAACCAACUCGCUGUAUACAUCCAUUCCAGCCGAUCCGUCAACGCCCAAGGGUCAACCGACGGACAUUCCGUCGUCCUCUCCGGGAAUUGAUGAACGCAUCCGGUCUCUAUCCGACUACUCUGUCAAUGAACAAAGCUUCAACUAUUGGAGCCGACCUGUACAGCACACUGAAUAUAAAGAUCCGCGCACCGAUACCUACAAUCACUCAAGCAGCGACAGGGACUCCCCGCAAUCACCGCAUUUGACCUCUAUCACAGAAGAAUCAAAGCUUCCAAACCUAGACUUAUCCCAUCGGCCCUCAACCCCGUCAACGCAAACAUUCUACUCGGAAAGCGAGAUUGGCGAGCCCGGCUCACCCGUCUACGCGAACGGCGAUUGGGCCCAAGUCGACGAGCGCGACAGGGGCAUUCUGUUCGACCAAGACGAAACAGCACCCGACCACCACGACUUCUCAUACUCACAAGAACAAGACCAGCAAACACCCCGCGAAAGUCCUCUCGAGACACCAAGUGGCUCGCCCAUGCACUCACCCAUCUGCUCUCCCUUCGACUCUGCUUACCCUUACCCAAGCUCCGUCUCCGCCUCCAGGCUCCCACACUAUUCCACCUCCUUCGAUCCCUACACUUACGACCCGGUGUACCUCGACCCACACGUUCAGUCCGUCCUCGCGGCCGCGAACGCCGAGACGAUGGGGUUACGGGGAAGUCCUGCACGCGCAUUGGAUGAGCUGCAGCGAGGGGCGCGCUCUGGCGAGACCAGUCCGCGAUUCGAGUUCCAGCGGAGAAAGAGUGAUGAGAGGAAGAGCGGAGCUCACAAGAAGGGAUUGAGGAAAUUCUUCAGUUGGAAGCAUGGGAGUUAG